UCAAGGUAAAGUGAAUUAACAGGACAAACUGUUUAUAAUGAUUCACUGAAUGGUUGUGAGAAGGGUAUAGGACUUGAAAUAGUACUGUUUACACAAAAUACAACCAGCUAGCUUAGCCUCAACAACAACAACACAAUUUACAAUGUUCUAACCUUCGCAGUACUUUGGCGUUUGUAAGAUGGAAAGUCCCUCCCGAGAACUGCUUUGUAGUGUAAUACGCCUUACUUUAAUCCCGUAGAGACUUGUUUAUGUAUGCACAUGUUGUAAGCUUUUAAAACAUAAUAGGCCUAUCAGCUGUAAUUUAGUUUAUGGAUAGGUAGACUUAUUCAUUUAAAUGUGAAUGAAUACAUGUAUGAUUAUAUUCAUUUUUCAAUGAUAUUCUAAUUUUGUUUAAACAGUUCGCCUAGAGCCAUGAAUUGCAAGAGAAAGAAACAAACUGUGGCUGAAGAUAUCAGUGAUGCAAAAACCAGAAAGGAGGACAUUCGCCUUUAUUGUUUAUGUAAACAAUUAGAUGAUCCUGAUAGAACAAUGAUCCAGUGUGAUUUUUGUGACGAAUGGUUCCAUCCUGCCUGUGUUGAUCUGGAAGAGGGUGAAGUUAAUGAUGUUGGAAGAUGGUACUGCCCACCAUGUACAGAUGUUAUGGCACAAAAUCCAUCACUGUCGCGUAAAGGUUUUCUUGGGUUUCAAGGGAGAGUAGCACCGAAAGAGGGAUGGGGAGAAGAAUUUUUGUUGGAGGACAUCGAUGAGUCUGUCAUUCAAGUAGAAACCAAAAGACAUCGUGUUGAAGGCUGGAACCUGUUUCGAGAAGGUCGUGUUACUGGACUGAGCAGCAAUAAAAACAGAAAUUAUGUAUAUUUCCGUAGUCAGUGUCAGGCAUCCAUGAGACAGCUGUCCUAUAAUGUGUUUAUCUGUUUCAAGGGCAGUCGAAGGCUUAAGUGGUCAACCUGUUCGUGCCCUGCUGGAAUCGAUGGCCAGGGUAAGCAUCUUGUGGCAACUUUGUAUUGUUUGAUAGAUCUGUACAGACUAGGGAUAAACAAAAUCCCAGAUGCUAAGACAUGCACACAAAAACUUCAAAUGUGGCAUGUCCGAAAACCUGUGACAGACGAACCACUGCUUUUUUCUGACAUAAACUUUGUUAAGCAUGACCCAGAGAGACCAGUAAAAGGGGACCUUGGUUGUAGUGUGAAGCAACAUAAUCCUGUACCUGAGUUUGCAAGCACUGUGACACAGGUAAAAAUUCAGAAACUUGUUAACUUAUAUGAUUCCAGUUGUAUUAAGUUACCAGUCAUAGACACCAUCAGGACCAAUCAAUGUAUUCCAGUGUUGCCUAAACAGCAAAUGGAUGGAAGCCUUCAUUCUGAACUUUUUGAAUUAAUGAAUGGAACAGAAUAUAACUUUAGUGUGGAUGAUUACACAACUAAAUUGACUGCAUCAGAGAAACAACACUACAGUUCCAUUGUGGAAAAAUGUUGGAAUAAUAAGAGAAGCCCCCCUUCUUUCAACAUCUUCGCGAAUGUCAAAUCCCCGAUCAACCAUGAGGCUAUCACCAUCUUCCAUCCUUUACGAAGACGCACUAGUGUUAUGAAGAGCUCUUCCAUUGGUGAGAGUGAUCUAGAUGGUCCACGUUUCUUUAAUAAGUCAUACGGUGUACCAGAUGAUGUGUUCUCUGUGCCCACAUAA